GCUAGCAACCAGUUGCGGCAUCACAGUGACCUGAAUGAAAUUCCAAGUUCAUAAAGGAAGAAGUUUUUACACUAUUUGAGGCAACUUAGUUACUUAUAUUGAAUUUCCGGAUUAAAUCGUUCUGCAGAAAUGACUGAACACGUUACGAAGGAGAAACACGUCGUCCACGCUGACGGAAGUGAAACCCACGAGGUUAAAAGCGAGAUUAAGGAUGCUCGCAGUCUGGGCCAAAAGAUCGAUGAUGCAAAAGAUGCUUUCAAGUCGGAUCCCACCAAAAUGCAACAAGUUACAAAAGAAAAAGUUGAAAUCAAGGACGGUAAAAGCACACACGAGGUGAAGACAGAAGUAAAAGACCCUCGAUCACUCGGCGAAAAGCUGACCGAUGCCAAAGACGCAUUUGUGGGGAACAAAUAAUUUUGCCUGGUCGGUCAUCCGAUGUUUCCUUCACUCGUUGAUCUGUCCUAAUUUUUAGCCAAAUGUUUUUAGUGUUAUUUUUUAUUGAUAAGUGUGAGGUGCAGGAAUUUUAUUCUUCGAUCUACACUGGAAGGUUAAGCUAAAACUUCGCAUUUGAUUUAUUUUAACUAAAGUGAGAGAAUGUACUCGUACAUGAAGUUGGCUUGAAAGUCAUUAAAAACUUGCUAUAGA